CAGCAUUAAAAUGGAUUUCAUAAAGUCUGCUGGAACUGCGCUUAUUCUAGCCAUAUUGUAUCUAUAUUUCUUUAGAGAUUCGAACAAAUUCUCCAAGCAACGUAUAAUUCUCUCUGAUAAUAUCAAUGACGAAUAUGAUUACGUCAUUGUGGGCGGGGGAUCGGCAGGUUCCGUACUGGCUUCGAGAUUGUCUGAAGAUAGGUCCAAGUCUGUUCUUUUGUUGGAAGCUGGCGGUUUCUAUGACGAAAAUUCCAACAUCCAUUCACCUUUACAUUGGCCAAUUCUGCAAAGGACAGAAAUUGAUUGGUCUUAUUUUACCGAACCCCAGGCACAUUCUUGUAUCGGACUUAAAUAUCACCAGGGUUAUUGGCCACGUGGAAGAGUUCUAGGCGGAUCUGGUGCUAUAAAUGCUAUGAAUUAUAUUCGUGGCAGUCGUUUUGAUUACGAUGAAUGGGAAAGGCGCGGCUGUAGUGGUUGGAGUUACAAGGAGGUCCUUCCGUACUUUUUAAAAUCAGAGGAUAUCCAAAUCGAAGAAUUGAAGUUAUCAAGAUACCACAAUACGGGAGGUCCAAUGGCCGUUUCUGGCGGUAGUGUAACACCUAUAGCAGAUAUAUAUCUAGAAGCCGGCAAGGAGCUUGGGUAUAACAUCACUGAUAAUAAUGCGGAAACCCAGGAAGGCUUUAGUAAAGCUCAACUGAAUGUAAGAAAGGGUGUUAGGGAUUCAUCUGCAGUGGCUUUUCUAGGAAGCUUUGAAAAGCGUCAAAAUUUAGAUAUCGUGAUCAAUACUUUUGUUACAAAAGUGGAUAUCAAAAAUAAGAAAGCAACUGGGGUAUAUUAUAUCCGAAAUGGAAAAAAGGAGUUUGUUAAAGCAAAACUUGAGGUGCUUCUAUCAGCUGGUGCAAUCAACUCUCCACAAUUAUUGAUGCUUUCGGGCAUAGGUCCUAAAGAACAUCUACAAGACCAUAAUAUCCCCGUCCAUGCUGAUUUGCCGGUUGGUGAAAAUCUACAAGAUCACCUAUCUAUUUAUCUAUUUAGUAAAAUAAAUGAAUCAAUAAGUUUAUCACCGCAAGUUUUGUCAAGUUUAAAAACACAUCUGCAAUACAAAUUAUUUGGAACUGGUCCUCUUUCAAUGGGUUGGACAGAUGGGUCUGCUUUCUUCACCACAGAUGAGAAAAAACUUGGACUGUCGUACCCUGAUAUACAAACCUUAUUCGUCAGUGCACUGAUUCCAAUUUCUAAUAAUAACUUUAAAGAUGCAAUAAAGGACGAGUAUGAAUUAGCUAAAUAUAGUACUGAGGGAUUCACAACAGUUCUUAUUGCUACACAUCCGCGAAGUAGAGGGACCAUUAGACUUAACACAACUGAUCCAUUUGAUCACCCGUUAAUUGAUCCGCAGUAUUUUGUUGAUAAGAGUGAUGUGAAGGAUUUUAUUGCUGGAAUUCGUAUUUGGGAAAAGUUUCUAGAAACUGAGACAAUGAAAAAACUUGGGAUAAAUAUCGAAGACAUGAAAAUGUCAUUUUGUGCUCACCAUGAAUUUAGAACAGAUGAAUAUUGGGAAUGCAUGGUACGCCAUCUAGCGAUAACUAUGUAUCAUCCGUGCUGCACGUGCAAAAUGGGAUCUGACGUCGACAAAACUACUGUAUUAGACUCAAAAUUGCGUGUAAAAGGAAUAAAUGGUCUCAGAGUUGUAGAUGCUUCAGUUUUCCCUCAAACUAUAGCUGGAAACACUAACGCACCUACAAUUAUGGUUGCGGAAAAGGCUGCUGAUAUCAUACGUGGUAUUGAUUCAGUAAAAAGACUGCGAGAUAAUUUACCUGAUAGAAUCUAAUUUGCCUUUUAAUUCAAAAGCAACAGUCUGGAUUCUUCAUAUACGUUAAGAUACAAGUGGGCGAUAUCAAUGAUAAUUUCUACUAUUAAUGUACAGAUGGAAUAUAUUUUGAGUUAAAUUUUGAGACGGUGACUGUUUAAAGAACUCUGUGAUACUCGUUAAUCCGGACCCCGCUUAUUUCGAUUUUUAUGUGUUUCGAAAUUUAUCUUUUUUUGUUUGUUUAGAUCAUAGUUCGGCGUUUCGUUAUCAAGCAUUACUUUUCAAUAAUUUGACAUAUACGGUUUUCACUUGUUUACUUGUAGCAAGGUAACAGACUUGUUUGUGAUCGUUGAGAGUAACAUGCUUAUUUUUUACUUACGUAUACUGCAUUUCGAAGCACAGUUUCUGAAGCUUUCGCUGUCUUAACAAUCAAUUAUCAUAGUAUUGCAAGCAAUCCAUAAGUCCCCUACCGGUAAGAACCCCAGCAAAAUUCUGAAGGGCCAUUGGCCAUUCACUUAUGUUUCUAUUUUAAGUAAAUUUGUUGAAAAAGUUCUUUAAAAGUGAUCACAGGAAACAGUGUUUAUGUACAGACGGACUGAAGGACACUCUAAAGUUAUUUUUUUAAACAUCCCUGUUAUCAAAAUAUAACAUUUUUAAAAGCAAAAUUUUUAAAAAGGAGAUAACUCUUGAAAUGAAGAUGUCAUAUAUCAAAGAACAAUUAGUUAUAAAGGUAUGAAUAAUGAAUGUUUAUUUUGGAUUUGAAGUAAAUGAAAGUUAAAAAACGAAUAAGAAAAAUUAAAAGUUUAAGGAGGAGAUAAUUCUGGAAAUAUGGAUGCUAGAUUUAUAAACCUUGUCAUAUAAUUAUGAUGUGAGAGUUUGAAGAAAAUCCUAUCAUGAUUGAAGAAGUUGGAGUAAAAAUUACCAAUUUCUCGAAAGAAAGUCUAAGUUCAAAAGGGGCAUA